AACACACAGAGCACACAGUUUGUUUAGCUCCAUCCUUCCUCGCCACCAGCAGCAGGAGAUGGCCCAGCGCCAAGACAUCAUCAUUAGCCAUUUCUCCCAUCCAGGGCACGAGCUCGUGAAGCGCCACCACACUGGGCCGUUCCGCUGCGAUAUGUGCUGGGAAGACCUAUCCGGCACUGCAUACAUCUGCCGUGCCGGCUGCGACUUCUGCAUCCACGAGUCUUGCGCCGGCCACUCACAGACGUUCUCCUCCCCCGAGCACCAUUUGCACCCGCUCACGCUCGUCCAGACCCGCCGCGACGCAACCCUCUCGUGCGACGUCUGCUUUGGGGGAUGCGCCCCUGGCUCCUUCCUCUACCGCUGUCCACCAUGUGGGUUCGAUAUGCACCCGAACUGCGCGCGACUUCCCCAAGUCGUGCGCAGCGUGCGGGACCCUACGCACGACCUCACGCUGGUCAUCGCCGACGGCCACUGUGCCGCGUGCGACGCCGGCGCGGGGCGCGCGUCGUACUACCGCUGCACGGUAUGCAACGUCGACUACCACAUCUCGUGUGCAGCGACCACCGGCGACAACAACAGCGCUCAUGAAGCUCAAGAUGCCCUUGACGCUCAGAUUGUACGAUCAAGGAUUCAAGAGCAGACUAGAAACGCCAUCUUGGACAUGUGGAGUCCUGCCUAUACUGUACGCAGAGAGUACUUCUAGAUGUGUUGCUCCUGACGCAUCUGCUUGGCAGGUCCACAAGAAUAAAGUGCUUCAUCAUUUCGUCACACAGUAGCUAGCGUGUAACAAAUUGAGUGUGUUUAUGUUCACAACUUCGUAUGCAUGCUUGUUUGCAAUCUCAAUUCAUAUGGUUUUAAUACUUUAUGAGUGUGCACCUUCCUUUUUUUGAGGGACAUAAAAUUCUUCAUUUGUGUAUGCUAUGAAAUCAAUAUGAGAAGCAAGUAUUUUUUA